AUGCCCAGAAUGCCCAUCAAGGCCAUUGUCACCGACCUCGAUGGCACGUUGCUCAAUCCACAGCACUGCAUCAGCAACUACACCGCCAAAGUCCUGAACAAGAUCAAGGAAAAGGGCAUCUGCUUUAUCGUGGCUACUGGUCGCCCGUACACGGAGGUCUUCAGCAGAAUUCGGGAUUGCCACAUGGCGCCGGACUACAUCAUCACUAGCAACGGCGCCCGCAUUCACGAUGGCGCGUUCAACGUCAUACGUGAGCACAACAUUCGACCGGACCUUGUGGAGUCGCUUGUGCGGAUGCGCACGGUCAAGGACCCUGUGACUGGUGCCGAACUUCCGAAGAAGUUCACCACGAACAUCUACCGCGGGGCAGACUGGCUGACGGACAAGAGCAUCGCAGAGGUGAGCGAAGCCUUCCACGUGGACUUCCAGUGCACAGACCUUCAUGAGCACUUCUACGAGCUGCAGGCGUCAGAGCUGAAAGAGGUGCAUGAGAUUUGGUUCGCUGGCGACCACGACGAGCUCGUGCUGCUGGAUAAUGCGCUCAGAGAGAAGUACUCCGACGACCUUUGCUGCACCUUUUCCCUUCCCUACAUACUGGACUGUGUACCGGCAGGCGUCAACAAGGGCAAUGGUGUGCUAGAGGUGGCAGAGGUGCUGGGGUUGACGCUGGAUGAGGUGGCCUGCUUUGGCGACGGCAUGAACGACGAGUCGAUGCUGCAGGUGACCUCGACAUCCUUUAUUAUGGCAAAUGCUCAACAAAAGUUGAAGGAUGCCGUCCCGCACGCGCAGAUCAUCGGUAGCAACGCCGACGAUGGUGUGGCCAAGAAGCUGGAGGAAAUCUUUUUCUCAUCCUAG